AUGGCCCGUCAUGCUUAUCGUGGAGAUACAUUAUCAUCACUGUUAUCUUUGUCCAACCAACAUUGUACUACUAACCUUAAUAUGUAUAAAGGGUGUCUCUCACCAUCAUCCUUAAGUUCUAUAGAAACAUCAAUUCAAUUGAGUGAUCUAACAGCUAUAUCCAAAGAAGAAGCACAACAAGGCAAACAAGAUGUUGUUGACAAAGCAUGUUCAUUACCAAAUCCAAUAGCAAGUAUUGAAUAUCAAGAGAAAGAGAUAUUCAUUGAUUCAAUAACUACAUACAAAACAGAAUCACAACAAACAGAACAAUAUGUUAAUGAAAAAGAUGCAGAUUUAUUAUUAUGUACACAAGCAAAUGUUGAAUAUAUAAAUGACAAUAUUUUAUUGAAUAUUCAAAACACAAAUCAAUUGGUACCGAUUGAAAGAACUCGUCAUUAUUUAUCUCGUCCACAAAUUGAAUCUGAAAUAUUCAAUAUGAUCAACAAUAUCCUGUUAUCUGAUCCUAACCAAAAAUGUUCAUCAUUAUAUGUUGCUGACGCUCGAUGUCAUUUUGAUACAUUAUUUGACAAAUUAAAUUGUCCAAAUCAAACUGUUUGGAAAUAUUUGGAACAUAAUCAUCGAAUCUACGAAAAAGGCAUUGAUAUGUUAUACAUAAUCCAAGCUUAUUUUGCACCUGGCCAUUUUCUUGAAGGUAAAUAUAUUCUUUUUAUAACAAAGCUUGUUUCCUCUAUUUAG